AUGAAUAUUCAACCUUUGCAGCUUGCAGUGAAAUAUGACCCUCCCCAGCUUUGCUUGAUUUAUUCAAAUGGGAAGGAGCCUUUUUACCAUGACUUCAACUUAACAAAGCAGGAUUUGGCAUUGACAACUGAAAAGAUAUAUCAUAAACUUAACCUUGACCAUCCUGGAUAUCUCACUCAAAUUGAUGCAGGGCAAGUUCUAUAGGGCUUUACCCUUAAUAGCCCGAUAAAGGCAGAUGAUUCCCGGCGAAAUCUGGUCCAACCAACUUAGUGCCUUGGUCGAAACGAAACUCGAUUAUUCCGCCGGGAAUCAUCUGCCCUUAUCGGGCUAUUAAGGGUAAAACCAUAUAAAAAUCAUUGAAUUGAUAAAAAGCAAACAAAGCAGAGAUUCUAGGUCGUCCAGAGCUUCAAAAUUGAGGGAUAUGGUAGAAGGAGCAAGAAUGGAUGGGAAUAUAGGAAAAGAAGCUAACAAGCAGAACAACCGAAAUUGGGGGAACAGCAAAGGCGAAGUCGCGGGUAAGUUUGAUUUCGAAGAAAUUGAUAAGCAGCUGGAAAAUGACUCUGGAAGUGACAACUCGAUAGACUUAUAA